GCCGCUGUGACGUCACAUGGACGCGCCCCGUGUCGCGCACUGACGGCGGCCGGCAUAGUGUGACUUUGACAGGUGCUGGUGAUGUCUGGAUGGGUUAUAGUGAGCCAGUAGGAUUUCAGAUACUGUACAUUUUCUGUGAGUUGAAAUCCCCAUAUCCGAUAACUCCAUGGCAGCAACGGGGAAGAGCGCCCUCUUACUGAACUGCAUUAGCAGAUUUCUGCAGCAUGGUGCACAUAAAGGUGUUCUUCCCACCGUGUGUCACUUCCAUUCCACAGCUCAGCAGCACACCUCGAACAGAGCCUCCAUAGUUCGGUGUGGCAGGAAGACCUACAGUAGGACUUACCCAGUAUCCCUGGUACAGCCCGAUGGUUCCACUAUCACAAUCCAAUACAAGGAGCCUCGGCGAAUACUGUUGAUGCCUGUUGACAUCACCACUCUCUCAGAGGAAGAGCGGAAAGCAAGACUACGCAAACGUGAUCAGAGCAAGAAGGUCAGCAUCAAAAAAGAAAAGGAGGACUUUGGGGACGAGUUCAAUGUAGAUGAAUACAGCAAAUAUUGGAAGAAAAAAUGACACUAUUAAUUACAAAAAUAACUUUCUGUAAAUUUAAAAAAUGCAAUAAAAUGAUUUAUUUGAA